GAGGGAUUCAGACCUCGCGAGGAAAGCGUGUAUCGUGGAGCCUGCCAAGGAUCCUGUCAAUGAGAAAAUGCCUGGUAAUAACGAGGCCUGUCAAUGCCAAUGGUUGAAAUGCACAGCGCAAGGCCAAUACACGAUGACUCUGCGAAAUAUGAAACAAUAGCGCGAAAAGUGAAAAAUGGAACUUGAACGCGAGCGAGCACUGACUGAGUACUCUUGGAGCGCUUAUCGCCAUAGCCCAAUAUGGCAGGCGGAUUGCCAUAUAUACUUUAUCUUAGCCUCUUGCAUGAACCUCCAUGACGAGGACGCGACGAACGCUUUUGCAUCCCGCAUUGUCGUGUUACAAACAAGAUGGCACUGACCUCUGACGGAUCCCCCUUCCUUGACGUCACACACGCCACCAGUCGGAGCCGUAUCUCGCUCGAACAUAUAUAAAUAUGCCAAUAGCAUCCUCGAAGUCACAAACUCUUUCCUUUUACCUCCUUGAUACUCCGAUCUGUGUAUAUAAAAUGACCAUCCCCGAACAAUACAAGAAGAGUUAUAAGCCGCCAUUCCAGGAACAGCCCUCCGCUCCUGGGCUUCAGCGCAAGCUUGACCCUCAACCGCUAGACGACAUCACCGCAGACGGAAGGCCAUACAGACCAGCAGGAAAACUCGAGGGUCGUUCCGCUCUUAUCACCGGUGCAGAUAGCGGUAUUGGUAGGAGUAUCGCACUUUUGUUUGCCCUCGAGGGUGCAAAUAUCACCAUUCAUGGUACUAACAAGGAACAGCAUGAGCUCAACGACAUUGAGCAGGAGAUCUUGAAAAGGACAAGUAAAGUCAAGGUUCACAAACUCAUCUAUGACCUUCGCCAAGAAGAGAACUGUAUUCUGAUGGUCCAGGAGCACAUGAAUGUAUUUGGUAAAUUGGACGCCUUGGUCCUCAACCAUGGCACACAAAACGCCAACACGGAUCUUCCAACUUUGUCAUCCAAGCAAUGGCAUGACACAUUCGAUACCAACAUUCAUUCAUUCUUCUACAUUGUCAAAGCUGUCAUUCCGAUCAUGGAGCCGGGCUCUACUGUCACCUUCAACGCCUCGAUCAAUUUCGCCGUUGGUCACCCUGAGUUGAUCGACUACACGUCGACUAAAGGCGCUAUGAUUGGUUUUAUGCGUGCCCUCAGUAAUCAGAUCGUUGGUGAGAAGGGUAUAAGGUGUAAUGCCGUGGCACCGGGACCUAUAUGGACCCCUCUGAUUCCCGCAACCAUGACUAAAGAGUCUAUCGAGACGUUCGGGACCAGCGUUCCUGUGGGUCGUGCUGGACAGCCGAUCGAAGUUGCCACAACGUUUGUAUACCUGACGUCCGCAGACUCCAGCUACAUCAGCGGACAAGUCAUUCAUGUCAACGGCGGCGUCGUUAUCAACUGAUCAGCGUGCCCGAAUCCGCUAGUCCCAUACCAAGAAGCUCUUCUCAUGUGGAGACAUGUGGGGCAGUUUGGUGCGAUCUACAGUACUAAAACUGCAUAGAGACUACCUCGUGUAUUACCAGAGACUAAAUACGUGUAGCAUUACACUCAGAAUAAAAUUAAGCAUGCACGAUGAUACUGAUAGAUCAC